AUGCUUGCGAAAUCCUGUGCGCGUUCUGGGGUUUGUAGACUGGCUUAUGGAGCUCUGUAUCCUUCCAAGGUCCUGGUUACCCACCGCCUACGAGUGCGGCUGGGGGCGUGCGGUAUCAGAGACGCAACACUUCACGGACAGCAACAGCAACAACAGCCGCAGCAACUGCGCGCGGCAGCUGCAGCAGCCGCAGCCGCAGCAACAGGUAGGCUAUCCCGUAACACCACGGCAGCGGCUCCAGCGCCAUCAUCGGAAGGCGAGACACUUGAAGAAAGGCAGCAAAAGGACUUAUUGCUCUUGGGCAAGCUCCUCCUCGCCCUCACAUUCGGCAACUCAGUGAGUGACGCGAAAUUCGGGGUCCCAUGCGGCCUCUUUGAUUUGCCUUGUCCUCAUGAUCCUGCACAUGUGUGUUCACAGGACUGCGACGUGCCCAGCGGGUUGCGUAUGUUGAUGUCCGACCGUUCCUACAGCAGCGAAUUCAAGUCUUUCUGCUGCUCGCUACUCUCUGGAGCGUCCCGCAGAUCUCUUUCGUACAGCGCAUCGUCUUUGCUGGAGGCCUAUGCCGCUCAGGCGUUGCCCCUUCUUGAGGAGGAGGUAUCAGUAGGGGAUCGCUACGAGUCCCUCUUGUUUGCUGAAAUGUCUCGGAGCCGGGCCUUUCUGCUGCUCUGCAAACUUUGCUUCGUGGUGGAGAGAGGACAGCUGGGAGCUGAGAGCAAUUGGAGCGAAGUGGGAGACAGAUACAUAGCCAGACUAUUCAGGGACUAUCUCUUCUUCCAGCAAGGCGCAGAAGGGGAGCCCAUCCUCGACAUCGCGCACGUGUGGGAUUCAGUCUUCAAGUGCGACUUGGGAACAGCGGAGACAGCAGUUCUAAUGAGCAGAGAUGGGGCGUCAGUUUUGCUGCUGCCAUUCCGAGACAUCAAAACGAGCAUCGACAAAAGCUUCAGAGAACUUGUCGCUGCUGCUGCCCACGGACCCACCGUUGCUGCUGCCACUGCAGUUGCUGCUGUCUCCACGCCACCAGCAGCAGCGAGCAGCCCUUCUCACGGGCCAACGACUGCCGAUGCUGGCGCUGUGGCUGCUGCUGCUGUCGCAACUAGGCCACCCACCAUGCAAGCUUAUAGUCCGUUACAUCACACGCCUAUGGGCAGCAUGUACCCCUUGCAACAGCAGCAGCAGCAUAGUCCCCCCAUGUACUGUCUAGAUACUUUGGGGCUCUAUGGUCCACCUAUGCAGCCCGUGCAGCACUCCCUGCAACAACACACCCACUUCCCACAGGAACAACAGCAUAGUUCGUUUGGGCCGUUAAACUGGCAACAGCAAGUGCUGCAAAUGCAGCCGCAAAAGCAGCAGCGGACUGUUCCUGGGGUACCUCUAAAUGCUGCUAGGGUGGCGCAGGAAUACAAAUAG